CUUUUCCGUUGUUUUAUUUAAUUUCCCCUACAACUUUUUAUUUACCAUGGCAAAAGCUGUCGUAGAUAAAACCGACGGUCAACCACAACCGGUGAACAAAAAUGGCGUCCCGUUGUUCAAACAAUCCGUGACUGAACGCGACAGAGAGUUGGAUAACGAAGUGGUUUAUGAAUUCCAAGGUCCUGUGGGUGUCUGUGCUAUGAUGCUUGGAUUUCCCUCUUUGAUGUAUUACUUCUGGGUUUGUCUCGAAUAUCACCAAGGCAAAUUGAUUACUCCUUCGUCCUUCUCUUUGGAAGGCUUGUCCCAGUUUUUCUGGCAAGAACUCUGGGCCAAGAUCAAGGUCGGCGCCUAUCCUACUGCUUUGGCCGUCAAGAUCUACAUGGGUUACGUUUUGUUCAGCUUUAUUCUCGCUUAUAUCAUGCCUGGUCCCGUUGUCGAAGGUUUGGCAUUGCCCUCCUUGAAGGGUAAAAAGUUGAAAUACCUUUGCAAUGGUUUGUCUGCCUGGUAUGCGACUUUGGUGACGGCGGCUGUGGUUCAUAUUACGGGUAUCUUCCGUCUUACCUUGAUCAUUGACAACUUUGGUGGUAUCAUGACGACGGCCAUCCUCUGGGGUUUCACCAUGACCACCUUGGUCUACAUCUGCAGCGUGAUCAACGGUACCCAGCAUCGUAUGUCCGGUAACUUCUUCUACGAUUACUUCAUGGGCGCGGUCUUGAACCCUCGUAUUGGACAUGUUGAUCUCAAGAUGUGGGCUGAAACUCGUGUUCCUUGGCCCGUUCUUUUCUUCUUGUCUGUGUCGUGUGCUUUGAAGCAGUACGAAUUAAAGGGCUUUGUCAGUGGCCCUAUUGCUUUCAUGGUCCUUGCUCACUUUUUGUACGUCAAUGCUUGCCAGAAGGGUGAAGAAUGUAUCCCUACUUCCUGGGAUAUCUUUUAUGAAAAGGAUGGUUUCAUGCUUAUCUUCUGGAACAUGGCUGGCGUUCCCUUCACUUACUGCUAUGCUUCCAUCUACCUUAUGAAGUAUGAACUUACCACCGGUCAAACCAUCACUCACUCUCUUCCCUACACCGUCGGCUUGUUCGUUACUUUGCUCGCUGCUUACUACAUUUUCGAUACCGGCAACUCGCAAAAGAACCGUUUCCGUAUGGAACAAAAUGGCUCGUUCAUGGUUCGCAACGCUUUCCCUCAAUUGCCCUAUGGUCACAUCAAGAACCCUAGCUACAUCAAGACCGAACAUGGUAACUUGUUGUUGACGGACGGCUGGUGGGGUGUCGUGAGAAAGCCUCAUUAUACCGCGGAUUUGAUCAUGGCUAUGUCUUGGGGUCUCAUUACCGGUUUUGGUUCCUUCUUACCCUAUUUCUAUUUCUGCUUCUUCGUUUUUGUCUUGACUCAUCGUGUGUCACGCGACAUGAACCGUUGCGCAAAGAAGUACGGCAAGGAUUGGGAUCGUUACUGCGAACGCGUCCCCUACAUCUUUAUCCCUUAUGUAUUCUAAAAAUGGAUAAAUAAUCCAUUAUUUCCCCUUUGCACCUUUUUUUUUUCCCCUUCUCUUGCAAUCACUUGUUAAUAAUGAUGAUACAUCACCCGUCCUUGGAUUGAACUCACAUAUAGAUAGUGUGAAUCUUCAUGAAAACGUAAUUUAAUAAACCAGUUCAACUAGAACUGAACAAAUGAAUGAAAAA